AUGUUACGGGUCAGAGUUACGGCUGCCACAUUACGCGAGCGUGAAGCUCAACCCGCUAAGUGUGAAUUAGACAACACACGCGACUCCACAAGAGCCCACGCGACUCCACGAGAGCACACGCGACUCCACAAGAGGACACGCGACUCCACAAGAGGACACGCGACUCCACAAGAGCGCACGCGACUCCACAAGAGCGCACGCGACUCCACAAGAGCACACGCGACUCCACAAGAGCACACGCGACUCCACAAGAGCACACGCGACUCCACAAGAGCACACGCGACUCCACGAGAGCACACGCGACUCCACAAGAGGACACGCGACUCCCCAAGAGCCCACGCGACUCCACAAGAGCACACGCGACUCCACAAGAGCCCACGCGACUCCGCAAGAGCCCACGCGACUCCGCAAGAGCCCACGCGACUCCACAAGAGCCCACGCGACUCCACAAGAGCCCACGCGACUCCGCAAGAGCCCACGCGACUCCGCAAGAGCCCACGCGACUCCACAAGAGCCCACGCGACUCCGCAAGAGCCCACGCGACUCCACAAGAGCACACGCGACUCCGCAAGAGCACACGCGACUCCACGAGAGCGCACGCGACUCCACGAGAACACAUGA